AGGAGGAGGAGGAGGAGAGAGCAGAGUAUACCGCAGACAUCAUUUCUACUACAGUGGCGGAGCCGUACAGGACCUGUUUCACUGCAGGGGGAUCCAAAACAAGCCCCGUGGAGCACCAGCAGCGGCAAGACGCUGUGUGUCUCCCUCUGUCCCCCCUUCCCCACGCAACCCCAGAUCCAUUUACACUUUACAUUUGGAUUUCUUCUCCUGCAGUUCCUGGACCCCUGAAGAAGGACCCUGCAACAAGUCACCAGGGCGGUCUCUUCAAGCUGCAGAUCUGUCAGUCACCCUCAUCCAACAGUUUUAUCUUCCACCACCUCUUCGGGGAAGUGUAUCGCAUGUCAGCAUACUGGAGCAGAAGGGAAGAGCCUUGAAGCUUCAAAAGUCCUGUUGCUACAGACCGUGAACAAAGCAGAGUGGACCCCUGUGUGCACCAACAAGCUCAAAGCAGGAAUGGCUUUUGGUUCGGCCCUCUCACACUGAGUCCCUCUAUUGCCACCUUUUCUACUCAAGAAAAAUCUGUGUGAAAAGCUCCACUGGGGAGGAGCCGGCUGCUGUGUUCCACACUGCGAUGAAAGCGUACAGCACAGUUUUCCAAAGAAAAUAGACCAAAACUUUCUCUGUGAAAAGAAACCGACCUGCUGUUGGCAGAGGCAUCCACAUCCAAAGAAGUGGUCCAGAAAUGACUGACAGGAGAUGUAUAUGUGCAUAGGACCAGGCAGUUGUGGGGACCAGCACAAAACCAUGCGCAUGGCACAUAAUUGCUAAAUGCAAGGGGCUUCACUGUCACCAGGACCCUGGCUUUCUGCUACCGAGAUACUUCGCUAUCCAGAGCCUUUCUUUCACAAGAUGGCAUUUCUCAACUCUCUGUGAAAGGAAGAAGGAAAACAUCAGAGCCCAGUCACCUCAGCUACUGAGGGAAGUUUCCAUGGUGAAGUCCAAGCAAGGCUACCUGGGAACAGUGCACAGUGAAUGUUAGUCCGGAGCUGCUGCUACUGGCCUAGCGAACCACGGGGAGAUGAUUCCUCAUGAAGAGCCUGGAUCCCCUACCGAAAUCCAAUGUGACUCUGUGUCUAUCAGACUAAAAUCAGAGCCAGCCAGACAGUGAAACAGCCACCGUGGAGGGGGGACGGCGAAAAAUGAAAUCCAACCAAGAGCGGAGUAAUGAAUGCUUGCCUCCCAAGAAACGUGAGAUCCCCGCCACCAGCCGGCCCUCCGAGGAGAAGGCCACUGCCCUGCCCAGUGACAACCACUGUGUUGAGGGCGUGGCAUGGCUCCCCAGCACCCCUGGCAGCCGGGGCCAUGGGGGUGGGCGGCAUGGACCAGCAGGGACUGCGGGGGAGCUUGGUUUACAACAAGGAAUGGGUUUACAUAAAGCACUGUCCACGGGGCUGGACUACUCCCCGCCCAGCGCCCCCAGGUCAGUCCCCACAGCCACCACGCUGCCCACGGUGUACCCUCCCCCACAGUCAGGGACCCCAGUGUCUCCUGUGCAGUACGCUCACCUGUCACACACCUUCCAGUUCAUUGGGUCCUCCCAGUACAGUGGGCCCUAUGCAGGUUUCAUCCCUUCCCAGCUGAUCUCCCCAUCAGGCAACCCCGUCACCAGUGCCGUGGCCUGUGCUGCAGGGGCCACCACUCCAUCGCAGCGCUCCCAGCUGGAGGCCUAUUCCACCCUGCUGGCCAACAUGGGCAGUCUGAGCCAGGCACCAGGACAUAAGGUUGAGCCCCCUCCGCAGCAGCACCUCAGCAGGGCUUCGGGGCUGGUCACACCCGGGUCCCCCCCACCCACCCAGCAGAACCAAUAUGUUCAUAUUUCCAGCUCUCCGCAGAGUUCUGGGCGGGCAGCAUCUCCUCCAGCCAUCCCAGUCCACCUCCACCCCCAUCAGACGAUGAUCCCGCACACACUCACCCUGGGGCCCUCGUCCCAGGUAGUUGUGCAAUAUAGUGACGCUGGAGGCCACUUUGUUCCUCGAGAGUCCACCAAAAAAGCCGAGAGCAGCAGGCUUCAACAGGUCAUGCAGGCCAAGGAGGUCCUGAACGGGGAGAUGGAGAAGAGUCGGAGGUUCGGGGCACCAUCCUCCGUGGAACUGGGCCUGGGAAAGGCUGGCAGCAAGUCCGUGCCCCACCCGUAUGAGUCCAGGCACGUGGUGGUCCACCCAAGCCCAGCGGACUACAGCAGUAGGGAUACCUCGGGGGUUCGUGCAUCUGUGAUGGUCCUGCCCAACAGCAACACACCCUCUGCUGACCUGGAGGUACAGCAGGCCACACACCGGGAGGCCUCCCCCUCUACCCUCAAUGACAAGAGCGGCCUACACUUAGGGAAGGCCAGCCACAGGUCCUACGCGCUGUCCCCCCACACAGUCAUUCAGACCACGCACAGUGCUUCAGAGCCUCUCCCAGUGGGCCUGCCAGCCACGGCCUUCUAUGCUGGGACUCAGCCUCCUGUCAUCGGCUACCUGAGCGGCCAGCAGCAAGCAAUCACCUAUGCGGGCAGCCUACCCCAGCACCUAGUGAUCCCCGGCACCCAGCCUCUUCUCAUCCCAGUGGGCAGCCCUGACAUGGACACGCCUGGGGCAGCCUCGGCCAUAGUCACAUCAUCACCCCAGUUCGCUGCAGUGCCUCACACGUUCGUCUCCACAGCCCUGCCCAAGAGUGAGAACUUCAACCCGGAGGCCCUGGUCACCCAGGCCGCCUACCCAGCCAUGGUGCAGGCCCAGAUCCACCUGCCAGUGGUACAGUCAGUGGCAUCCCCUGCCGCGGCACCACCCACACUGCCGCCAUACUUUAUGAAAGGCUCCAUCAUCCAGCUGGCCAACGGGGAGCUGAAGAAAGUGGAAGACCUGAAGACAGAGGACUUCAUCCAGAGCGCAGAGAUCAGCAAUGACCUCAAGAUCGACUCCAGCACCGUGGAGAGGAUCGAGGACAGCCACAGCCCGGGUGUGGCUGUCAUACAGUUUGCUGUGGGUGAACACCGAGCACAGGUCAGCGUCGAAGUUUUGGUAGAGUAUCCUUUUUUUGUGUUUGGACAGGGCUGGUCAUCCUGCUGUCCAGAGCGGACCAGCCAGCUCUUUGAUCUGCCCUGUUCCAAGCUCUCCGUUGGGGACGUCUGCAUCUCGCUCACCCUCAAGAACCUGAAGAACGGUUCUGUUAAAAAGGGCCAGCCGGUGGACCCCACCAGCGUCCUGCUGAAACACGCAAAGACGGACAGCCUGGCGGGCAGCAGACACAGGUAUGCCGAGCAGGAAAAUGGCAUCAAUCAGGGAGGCACCCAGGUGCUCUCUGAGAAUGGCGAAUUGAAGUUUCCAGAAAAAAUAGGAUUGCCUGCAGCAUCCUUCCUCACCAAAAUAGAACCAAGCAAGCCCACAAGCACGAGGAAGAGGAGGUGGUCGGCGCCAGAGACCCGCAAGCUGGAGAAGUCGGAGGACGAGCCACCUUUGACUCUUCCCAAGCCUUCUCUCAUUCCUCAGGAGGUUAAAAUCUGCAUCGAAGGCCGGUCCAACGUGGGCAAGUAGAGACCGUGCGGGCAGCGAGGCGUGGGCCUCCUUUGCCGUCUGUAUCCAGAUUACUGUACUGUAGGCUAAAUAACACAGUAUUUACAUGUUAUCCUCUUACUUUAGGUUUCUGUUCUAACCUUGUCAUUAGAGUCGCACAGGUGUGUCGCAGGAUACUGGUGCAUAUGCAAUGUCUGUGAGUGUCUGCCAGGGAGCAGGUGGGUGGAGGGUGGUCAGAGCCUUGGCCAUGGAGCUCCGGAAUCCUAGGUGGCCGUGAAUGUGUCUACACCAGCACCUGCCUACUCCAGCACAGACAACCAGAGGGCGUCAGUUCCCACUAGUUUCAAGAGCAAGUUUAGUGGGAAGGGACCCCACAGGGUUGUCAGGGUACAUCCCUGUCGGGGUGCAUGGGUGCCACGGUGUCGAGUGAGGGUCUCUUUUUCUCUGCCUCUGUCUGCCUCGCUCUCUCAGCGUGGGAUUUGAGGUCCUGGGUUUCCCACAUGCAACAGCAGGGAACCAGCUUCAGGGCAUCCUUAGGGAGGUAGCAGAGAGCAGAUGGAAAGCUAAGUUUCAAAGAACAUGGUUCUCUCCAACAUA